AAAGUUUCGUUUCGGUUUCGCAUGAAAUAAAACCUAACUAUUGAACACAAAAUUAUACCUACUAACACUUGAAGAAAGCGUCCAUCAUGCCUGCCGAGAUGAAGCGUCGCACGUCGCUGGCGGGCGGCGGCGGCGUGUCGCUCAUGAAGCUGCACGCGGCCGAGUCCCGCGCCGCCGAGCUCACCAUGCUCAAAGAGGAAACCCACACCGGAGACCACUUCCUCACCCCCGCGCAGCUCGAGCAGGUCUACCGCACCAGCACCACUCACGGCCUCACGGACGACCUGGCGCAGGAGAACCUCGAGCACUACGGGCCCAACCAGCUCAAGGACGUCAAGGGAAACUCCUACCUCAAGAUCCUCAGGCACAACCUCUGCGGCUGGUUCCAGGUCGUCCUCUGGAUCGGCGCUGCCCUCAACUUCGCUGCCUACUUCUUCGCCGACUACCUCGAGCCCAAGAAAAAAGGACCGCAUUCUACUAGAGAGUAUCUAUACUUGGGUAUAGUUAUUACGCUGACGGUGGUGCUGACGGGGCUGUUCGGGUUCUACAUGGAGGCGCGCAACAUGGCCGUCAUGAGCGGCUUCGAGAAGCUGGUCCCUCCACACGCUACGGUUAUCCGCGACGGAGUGAAGAAGCCCAUCCCGAACAACGAAGUCACAAUAGGAGACCUGGUGGAAGUGCGGGCGGGCGACGUGGUGCCGGCCGACGUCCGGCUGCUGACGUGCACCAACCUGGCCACCGACAUGUCGUCGCUCACCGGCGAGUCCAAGCCCAUCACGCACGUGCCCGAGUGCACCAACGCGAACCCCAUGGAGUCCAAGAACAUGUGCUUCUUCAGCUGCCCCGUGACGGAGGGCUCCGGCCGCGGCAUCGUCGUCGCCGUCGGGGAGAUGACGCAGAUCGGGAAGAUAGCCGGACUGGUCACCGGCCUACAGAAGGAAAAAACUCCGAUAGAGAAAGAAAUAACUCACUUCAUUAAAUUAAUUUGCGGCGUUGCAUUCUUCUUUGGUCUGCUGUUUUUUUUAAUGGUUUAUUUCAUCCAAGGAAAUAUACUGUCAGCGUUUCAGUAUAUGCUGGGAAUAAUAUUAGCGAACGUGCCGGAGGGGCUGAUAGUGACGCUGACGGUGUGCAUGACGCUGUCCGCGAUGCAGCUGAAGCGCAAGAACUGCCUCGCCAAGACCCUGCAGGCCGUGGAGACGCUGGGCUCCACGUCUUGCAUCUGCUCCGACAAGACCGGCACGCUUACCAAGAAUCAGAUGACCGUGUCGCAUCUCUUCUGUAACUGGAUGAUCUAUGACAAAGCAGAUAAUACGCAUGUAGCAGAGCCGACCUACACUACCCUCUGCAAAGCUGCUUCGCUCAAUCUGCGCGCCAGCUUCACAUAUGACACUCUCUCUCUUCCAAUAGAGAAGAGAAAAAUACUCGGUGACGCUUCUGAAUCUGCUAUUCUUCGCUUUAUGGAGAUAAACCGCUCAGCCACCAAGGUACGAGAGGACAAUCCCAAAGUAGCAGAAAUACCCUUCAGCUCCAAGUACAAAUACCAGGUUACAAUCCACAGGGAGCCCAGCAAAACCAACUACUUGAUCAUGAAGGGUGCACCCGAAAUUGUACUUGAUUACUGCACCAAAGUUUUAGCCGAUGAUGGUCCAAUAGAUAUGACCGUGGAAAUAAAAAGAGAUAUCAAAGCUAACUUUAUUAAGCUGGCUAACAUGGGCGAGCGUGUGAUCGGAUAUGCCGAUAUAAAACUAAGCGCGGUGGACUAUCCUCUGGGGUUUCCAUUUAAUACACAGCAACGCAACUUCCCUCUUGAAGGAAUGACUUUCAUCGGAGCUAUAUCCAUGAUUGACCCUCCGCGAGAUGACAUUGAAAAGUACAUAGCGCUCUGUCGGGACGCAGGAAUCAAGGUGAUAAUGGUGACAGGCGACCACCCAGUCACCGCUCUAGCGAUCUCUCGUAAGUGCGGAACUAUAACCCACCCCACAGCCUACGACUACGCUUUUGAGCAUCAUAUUGAUUUAUCCGAUAUUCCACCACAUGUAAAGGCGCAAUUUAAAUCUGCAGUAAUUACCGGAGAUGAUCUUCGUAAAAUGACCGGAGUUGAUUUGAAAAAGGCCCUAUCUCAAUAUCAGGAGAUAACGUUUGCAAGAACAAGUCCACAGCAGAAACUCAUAAUAGUAGAAACGUAUCAAUCCCUGAAGCAUGUUGUGGCAGUCACGGGGGACGGAGUCAACGACUCUCCGGCUCUCAAAAAAGCAGACAUAGGUAUAGCCAUGGGAAUAACCGGGACGGAAGUCUCCAAACAAGCUGCCGAUAUGAUCCUUCUGGAUGAUAACUUUGCUUCCAUAGUGCUCGGCAUAGAGGAGGGAAGGAGAAUAUUUGAUAACCUGAAGAAGACAAUCGCAUAUACGCUAACGUCGAAUACUCCUGAAAUGCUUCCGUUUGUGAUGUACGCUGUGGUUGGGAUGCCCCUGCCGAUGACGCUGAUGCUGAUACUGGUGAUCAACGUGGGCACCGACCUGUUGCCGGCCAUGAGCCUCGCAUACGAGGCCUCCGAGGAGGACAUCAUGAAGAUGCCGCCACGCAAGCCCUCGGACCACCUCGUUAACAAAGUACUCAUUUUCAUGGCCUACUUCCAGGUCGGUAUGAUCCAGUUCUUUGCCGGCAUGUAUGCUUACUUCGUUGUGUUUGCCCAAUACGGUUUCUACCCGUCCAGUCUGAUGUUUAUUCGUUCGGCUUGGGAAAACGACGAGCUAUCAGUGAAGGAUACUUAUGGCCGCAUGUGGGUUUACAAUGAUAGGAAGAAUGUCGAGCGUCGCGCGCACACAGCAUACUUUGUAGCCGUGUGUUGGACGCAGAUUUCUGACGUUAUAAUUUGCAAGACGAGGAGGGUUUCUAUUUUGAAGAAAGGUAUGAAUAAUACGGUUUUGAAUGUGAGUAUUGUGGUAGACGUGUUGCUGGCGGCUGUGGUGACGUAUGUGCCGAUAUGCAACGAGUUGUUCGGCACGAUGCCCAUCAAGUGGCAUAGCUUCUUCCACGCCUUCCCCUUCUGCGCCCUCAUGAUCCUCGGCGACGAGCUCCGCAGAUACAUCAUCAGGAACAAUUUGUCUAAAUGGGUUGAAGAAGAAACGUAUUACUAGCAUCUAUUACGUUAUAACUGGGUUCGGUUAUGAAUAUGAUUGUUUAAUUUAUUUAUUAAGAAGAAUGAACUUGUUUUAACUGCCUUAAAUAAACCUUUAAGAUUUUAUGUCCUA